UCCAAUGGUUGAACUCCACGUGGCAGUUCCUAUUCCGAGAGUUUCACACGUGUCAGCGCAGUGCAAAAUCAGCUUUCUGUUUUCUGUAUCUCACACCAAGAAGGCAUAGGAAAUGUGGAAGCGCAACAAGAAGAGCUACUUAGCAAUGAGGAGGGAAUUCGAAGAUGAAGCAGCUGAAUUAAUCGGUUCAGAUCUGAGGGACCUUGCUUUUGCUGCUAAUAAACUCGCCAAAAACGCCGUUAAACUAGCUGCUGUGUCCGGCGCCGGAGUCACUGUGCUUGAAUCCGUUGCUUCCAUCGCUGCUAUCUAUUUGCUGAUUUUGGAUCGUACAAACUGGAAGACCAACAUUCUUACAUCACUUCUCAUUCCAUACAUUUUCUUCAGCUUGCCUUCAUGGAUUUUCGGCUUCUUCAGGGGUGAUGUUGGGAAAUGGAUUGCUUUAAUUGCAGUUGUAUUGCGACUUUUCUUUCCAAGGCGCUUCCCUGAAUGGUUGGAACUUCCUGCUGCUUUGAUUCUGCUCGUUGUGGUAGCUCCAAGUCUGUUUGCAAGCACCGUUAGAAACAAUGCAGUAGGGGUGAUAAUAUGCCUUGCCAUUGCAUGUUACUUGCUGCAAGAACAUAUUCGCGCUUCCGGUGGUUUCAGAAACUCCUUCACCAAACCUCACGGCAUAUCCAAUACGUUAGGAAUAAUCCUUCUGUUGGUGUAUCCUAUCUGGACGCUCGUGCUCUACAUUCUAUAGUUUGGAUGCGUAUAAAUGAUGAUUGAAAAAGAAUGCAAUAUUGCUACAUAGAAGGUGAAUUGACACUGAACAUGAAGACUCAAAAUGUGACAUAGCUGCAACAUUUUCAGAUUCUGUAUCUCUCUCUCUUUGCUAAGUGUUCUUGUGGUGCUAUUAACAUCAUCCUUAGUUUGUAGUGUGAAGAUAACAUUAGGGAUGUGUUUGGUUGACUAAUAAAAAUGGGAUGGACAAUUUUUUCGAUAAUUUCUUGACCCAUAAAUAAAGUUUAUUUAUAAAAA